AUGUUUUAUACAAAUUUCGAUAACAUAAAUAUCGCCGUGAGUAACAACCAACAACCCUUGGCGAAUUUUGAAAUACAAUUGUUUAGACACAAGAGAUUCUCGUUCAUUAUGUGGCAAUAUUACCAAGACAAGACUAUCUUCCUGACAGGCGCCACGGGAUCUUUGGGGACUGCAGUCUUACAUCGACUAAUGAGCAAAGGAGAUCCUAGACGAGUCUACGUGCUUUGUCGUGGAGGCUACAGGAAUGCGAGCGCGAAAUGGAAGGGGUUGUUGCCAGAAUCGAUGGCUAAUUCACUCCUUCAGAAUCCCCUGAUUACCAUUCUGGCUGGAGAUUUGAUGUCAACUAAUAUGGGCUUAUACGAGAGCGACUGGAAGCUACUCAAAGAGUCUGUGAAUAUUGUCAUUCACACUGCAUCGCCGAUUAACCUCCGAAGUUCCUUGACUAAGCUAUCAUCCUCAGUAAUUGAACCUAGCAUAUUCUUGGCUAGGAUAUCUCUUCAAAUGCCUGGGUUACAACGCUUUGUAUUUGUUUCUACAGCGUACGCCAAUUCACAUCUUUGGAGCCUGAACAGGGAUUCGGAUGUGACUGUGACGGAAUCUAUUUAUCCGCUGAAUACUACUCAUACUCCAUCCAAGGAACAGAGAGCUGCGGACUAUGGUAUGGGGGCAGAAGAGGAGUGGACGAGCGUACAAAUGACUGGCACCACAAAUAAGUACGAGGCUUAUGAUUUUCCUUGGCCUUAUACAUAUGCAAAACACCUCACUGAAAGGCUUUUACUACAACUCUUCGCCCAGAGCGAUGCAACACAGAAACUGCUAAUCAUCAGGCCCUCUGUUUUUGGCCCAGCGAUACGCUAUCCGUUUCCUAACUUCUCGAGACCCUCCUCAACCCCAUCUGCGGGAAUUGCUGCUUCAAUCCUCAUGUAUCCGGGACGGCAAUUCAAAUUCGCAUCCCGAGGCCCCGAUCCAUUUAAGACCGCGACGAUCGAUGAAGUGCCAGUGGACGUUGUUACAGACCGGCUCCUAGCUCAUUUGGCAUAUGAGACUACGGGAUGCGUCCAUGCGGUCAGUGGGAAAAAGGACCGUUCGUCUUUAUUUGAAGACAUGUGGCCCGCACUCAUGAAGGAAAGACGUCUUCCAUGGAAGGUCAAACCUGUAUGGAUCUCUCAAGACUGGCAUUCUCAAAACUUGCAUCCAACUGCUCAAUUGUUUAUUGUUAUGGGUGCCUCUUUUGAUUUUACAGAAGAGCAAACCGAGAAGCUUGCCGCUAAGAUGACGGAACAGGAGAGGUCGGACCUGAUUCUGUUCACCGAUGGGCGGAAGGCCACCAGUAUCGUUGAAAGGAGACACCAUAUUCGCGAAAUGGGGCUUCUUAUAAGUCGAAAUACACAUUUCCCUUCUUGGGUUGCGAAGGUUCUCUGCCGGCCCGGGAAACGACAACAGGAUGAAUUCCCAUUAUGCGAAAAACCAGAAGAUAAUGGCUUCCAUAAAGGCAGAAGGGUUGAUGUAACGGAAACGGAAGUUCAUAUUCGCUGA